CAAGGAUGCAGAUUACUGUCCAAUUAUUCCUGCUUUGGUAGUAUAACUGCAGAAGAGCGUUCAUUUAAGUUUUUGGUUACGGAUAAUAUUAAUUCGUCGUAGUAAGAUGGAGGUGUCGUUGAAUAUCAGCUAUGCCAGUUCGAAUCACAGUUCUCCUCUCAUUGGACUUACGUUGCAUCAGCUGCUUGAGAAGAGGGUUAAUGAACAUCCAGAUCGUGAAAUGUAUGUCUUACCCGAAGACGGCGAGAGAAUCACAUUUGCAUUCUAUAAAGAUCGGGUUGAACGAUUAGCUACAGGACUUUUAUCCAUUGGAAUGAAGAAAGGCGACCGAUUGGCAAUAUGGAGCAAUAUCCAUAUGGAAUUCCUGCUUUUUGUUGGUGCCGCAAGAUCAAUUGGCGUUAUUACAGUACGUAUUCGACCAACCUUUCCCAAUAUUGACGUCAAAGAUAUUUUGCUUCUAACCGGAUGUAAAGUGAUUGUUUUAGGAAGAAGCCCAACUAAUCUGUACGAUAGAUUGAUCGAUAUUAUUAGAACAGCAAGUGCUGAAGAUGCAUCCCAAACUCCACAUUUUGAUGCUAUUAUUGGUGUUGGUGAGAAUAACAAAAGUUAUAGCGGCACAUACAACGUCAAUGAUAUUGAAAAGCUUGGAUCCGACCUUAAGUUUAUUGAACUCUUCAAACUCAUAAGGAACCAAGUGACUUUCGAUGAUGACAGCGAUAUUUUCAGUACUUCAGGUUCUACUGGAAAACCUAAGCACGUGGUUCACACACAUUUUAGUAUUAUUAAUGGAACCAGACCAAUCUUUAAUUACCUUGCAAGCAUGCCAGAUAAAGAUAGAGGGAAUCGAAGAGUAUUUGCGCGUAAUUCAACUCAUAUUAGUGGAGAAAUAAGUGGGGUGAUGCCCCCACUUGUAGCUUCUAUGACUUCAGUGUUUGCGCCCUCAGUGUAUGACAUCAGACGCAUAGUGGAAACAAUUCAGGACGAGAGGUGUACAGAAACAUUCCCCUUAGUCACUGGUCUAUACGAUCUAUGCAGCUUCAAGGAUAUUGGUGAAUAUGACCUAUCCUCUCUCAAAAUAUGUGUAGUCGGAGGAUCAAACAUCCCUCCUAAACUUGCCGAAGACUAUGAAAACAAAUUUCGUUCCAAAAUUUUGAUUCUUUACGGUUCAACUGAAAUGAUGUUUCCAGCAGGUAGUUUUUUGGAUUCAAUGAAUAAGCGGCGUUCUGGAAUCCGAAUGCUGCCAAAUGCAGAGAUACAAUUGGUUGAUGACAAAGGAAAGUGUGUGCCAGUUGGAAGUGUUGGUGAAGUGUGGAGCCGUUCCAGUUGUAAUUUUCAAAGAUAUUUAAAAAAUGAAGAACAACCAAAUGCAGUAAAAUCACAUGGAUGGUUUAAAACUGGUGACCUUGGCGUUUUUGAUGCGACUGGUGCUCUUGCAAUAGUAGGUAGAAAAAAGGAUGUGAUAACAAGGAGUGGGACAAAGAUUUUUCCCCCCGACAUCGAGAAUGUUCUCUCACUACAUCCAUCUAUAGACCAAGUUCAGGUGAUUGGGGUACCAGAUGAUCACCUAGGAGAGGACAUUUGUAUAUGUGUAAGGACAAAGAAGAAUGCAAGCAUUGACAAAGAUCAGAUUGUCACGUAUCUAACUGGAAAGGUGAGAGUUGAAGAAAACAUUCCUGGUUAUGUUUUGCUUUUUGAGUGUUUCCCAAAAAACGAUAUUGGAAAAAUUGACCGUGCGAGUCUCAAAAAACAAGCUUUACAACAACUUAAACAUUGUAUUCGAUUGUGAAGCAAAUCUGCAAACAUCACAGUAGACUAUAUUCUCGUGAUGGAGAAUGUAAUGAUUGUGAUAAGCUUGUAGAUCGAAUGUUGGCUGACCAAAUAAUAAAAACUACGUUUCUGUUCCUGUCAUUUAAUAGCAUUUUCAGUCUAGACUGGCUCAGUGUUAACCUGCAUAUUCAAGAUUUCAUUAUUGCCAAUAAUAAUAAUAAUAAUAAUAAUAAUAAUAAUAAUAAUAAUAAUAAUAAUAUAGAUGGAUUUAUAAAUAGAAUUUCUGGCAAGAAUAUUUUUUAAAAUAUUCAAAAUGUUAUACCCCUGUUAAUUCAUAGGGCCUAUAGUAAAAUAAUUAUUUUCAUUGUAUUAUUCAGUUUUAACUUAUGUAUCCAAAAAUAGAAGGCUGUAUUACUUAAAGAUUUCCAUGUAAUUAACAAUGACUUUGGCAGCAGAACAUGCUGUAAAGACUGAAAAUAAAGGUCUGUCGUGUAAAUAAAAAACUAUUAAAUUU